AUGAGACUUCGUUUGCAACAGAUUUCUACAUUAAUUGUUUUUAUUUUACUGUUGGACUACAUUAUGAUUGUUACAAGUGCCAGUAUCAAUAAAUGUUCCCGGCCAAGUAGACGAACAAUGAGACGGAUACGAGCUGAGUUCUUUCAUAAACUUAAGAGAAGGUUACAUGAUAGUUUUGGAUCUUUAACACACCUUACACAACAAACUCUUCGAAGGUCAACCAAUGAAGGACAAAAAUAUAUCCGUAAACGAAACAUUAGUGAUGACCCAAAAGAAGGGAGAUGCCCAAGAAAUAAAUAUGUAGAAGAAUCGUGUCCGCAUUACUUUGUCUUGGAUGUAGACAAUAAUAGGAUACCAGAAGUAAUUCUCCAAGCUAGAUGUAAAUGUUCUAAGUGCCUGGAGCUCAAUUCAUAUGGCUCAUUUCAAAACAGUUCAUAUGCUGGAUGUGAAACUGUAGAUUACUACAGCCGUGUUCUUCGUGUUACCGAUUGUGUAAAUGGUUAUUUCAAGUAUGGCGAAGUUUGGGAACCAGUGGCUGUAGCAUGUCGCUGUACUAAUCGACGUCAAGUUCGGGUACACGAAUAGAAAAGUAUGCUUGUGGGUUUUCUGUAUUAGAAUUAACAAGAACGCUUGCAAUUUUUCUUUUUCAGAAAAUACCGAAGAUAUAUCAAAUAUUAACUAGUUGAGUUAUAAUAUGUGUACUCAUUAUAUGAGAAUAAAUCGCGGACGUUUAUUGAGUAAAAUGAUACGUCCAUGAAAAAUCCACGUCUUCGAUUAAGUCUAGUUGAAAUCCAGAAAAUUUUACUCUAAAAAUACAAUUGUCAAUCAAAUGUACCCUGAAAGAAUUGUCACUGGAAUUUAAGUUUAGAAACAAACAAGAAAAGACUUGUUUUUCGUUACUGAGUUUCGACAAUGGAGUAGGAAGUAAAGCGCAUAAACAAAAUAGAGUAAAAAGAAAGAAUUAUACCAUUAGACUUUACUGGAAAAGACAAAGACAGAUCUAAUCAGUCAACCGGAAAAGAGAUUUCAUUACAAAAGGUUAUCAUGUCGACUCAUUCUGGAACGAUGGUAAAAUCGACCAUUUCCUAUAACCUUUUAUAUGACCUAUUGUUUAAACUUGCCUUC